AUGGCUUUGAUGGUGGUCAAGUUUGACCUGAAAAAGCGAGUAAAGCUCGCUCAGACUGUCUGGUUCAUGUACUGGUUUGCUGUAAUGGCUGGAGUGCUGCUGUUCAGCAUGGGCCUGUUUUUCAAAAUCGAGCUUCGAAAGCGUUCAGAACUCAUGGACAACAACGAAAGCCACUUCUUACCCAACCUGCUUAUAUUAAUGGGCCUAAUAGCCUGUGUCGUUAAUGCUUUUGGAGGCAAAAUCUGCUAUGAUUCACUGGAUCCCACCAAGUUUAUAAAGUGGAAACCCAUACUGAAGAGCUUCUUGGUGUUCUGUGUGGUCUUUAAUGUGUUGCUGCUUUUCGUGGCUCUGCUGUGUUUUGUGAUGAGGAUCCCUCUGCAGUUCACCCUAGCUGAGGGUCUGAAGAAUGGCAUGAAGUUCUACAAAGACACGGACACCCCAGGGCGCUGCUAUAUGAAGAGGACCCUGGAUCUGAUGCAAAUUGAGUUCCGCUGCUGUGGGAAUGACAACUACAGGGAUUGGUUUGAGAUUCAGUGGAUUAGCAACCGGUACCUGGACUUCAGUGCUAAAUCAGUCAAAGACCGCAUCGGAAGCAAUGUGGAUGGCCAGUACCUGAUGGAUGGAGUACCAUUCAGCUGCUGUAAUCCCAGCUCCCCCAGACCCUGCAUCCAGAAUAAGAUGACCAACAACUCUGCACAUUACAGCUACGACCACUACACAGAGGAGCUCAACGUUUGGAAGCGUGGCUGCCGUGAUGCACUCCUGUCCUACUAUGGUGGCAUGAUGAACACCAUCGGAGCCUUAGUCAUCCUGAUCACAAUGCUAGAGGUUGCAGUGACCGCAGGCCUACAGUACGUCCACAGUUCCCUGUCCAGUUUGGCCAACCCAGAAGAUCCAGAGAGCGAGAGUGAGGGCUGGAUCCUGGAGAAAACAGUGAAGGAGACUUUCACUGACAUCAUGGCCAAAAUGAAGGCUGUGGGCAAAGGCACUAAAGUGGAGGAGGGUGGUGAAGCCGAAGUAGCAACAGUGAGCUGAACUAACUGCUCUGGUACAAAGUGACUCCACUCUCACCUACAAACAAAGAAAGGAACCUGUGAGAUCCUGAUGUUUUUUUUCUGUUUUUUUUCUACUAUUCAUCAUGCUAGACAAUAACUACAAAGGACUUUUUGUUAUGAACUUCUUUCAAAUGGACAUUUAGCAUCAAUUACACAUUUUACUGACAAAUAGAGGAGGAUCGUAAGUAGAUUACCUUAUCUUGAGUUUCAAUUUCCACAUAGUGGAAAGGUUAAAAUGUUUUCUUCACACACCACAUGGAAAGGUUUGGAUAUAUAUUUAUAUAUAUUUGGUCCUUGCCAUUAAGGAUUUACAUUGUAUUUUAAAAGGGUGUUAUUUUAAAAGUCUAAGAGGAAGGCAGGAGAAGGAAAAUGAAGCGGUGUAGCUCCAGACAGAAUCAGCAGUAACACCUCCAGUGUGCACUUGGAGGUGAAGACAGAAUGUGGCAGCUAAAUCUCCGCUCCUGACCACAGUGGUGAUGUCGCAGAACAUCUCCGACCAUUCUUGGUGCAUUCUGCUUCUGUACCCUAACAGCAAAAUUACUUGUGACCCCACAUCCGACCUAUAAUAGGCUCAUAUUGUGAUUUUAUUUGGCACACAUUUGGUGCGGCUGCUCCUGUUGUAGGAUAAAGCCACGGGCUGCCCACAGCACUGUCAUGUCAGCCAAAGGUAGGAGAAAAAACAGAACUCGCCCAAAAAUGAGACACGUUGAACUAAAUCCCAGUGCGACACUGACAAGGGGUUCUAAUAUUUGAUAGGACAUACUCUACCAAAUAUGAGAAUAUCUUUGUUCUAAGAUAUCUAGGUAUGCUAUGCUAGGUUUGUUAUUUUACACAUGGACCACUUUAGGCCCACAACCCUUAUGUUUGGGCCAGAUAAAGCAGGCCCUGCAGCAUUAUGCCUGAAGUGGCCAGGUCCUCCAAGUUAUCGGGGUAUAAUGACACUUUUGUAUACGACUGAGUUGUUGUCUUUGUACAGUGUAGAAUUGGAUAAAUAAUUUACUUUUGUAAGAAAAACUAUGUAACUAAGCUGAAUCUUUUCUGGGUAUGUGUGUGUCUGUAGGACCGUGCACUUAAAUAAAGGAUUUUAGAGAUCUGGUCUGAUGGUAAAAGGAUG